AUGAAGAGCGCGCCCAUAUCCGGCGAUAUCGAGAAAGGGAGCCGAAGCGGUAGUGGCGCCAGCGUCCGCAGCGCCGGUGCAGGCAGCGGUGGUGCAGGCAGUGGUAGUGGAGGGUUAUAUAGGAAGUAUCGGGUGUUUGUGCAUGCGUUUAUCUUUUGUCUUUUCACUGGAUGGUGGAUCGCAUCACUGGUGCUCCACCGCGCCGACAAGAACUGGGUCGUCCCCUUCCUCUUCUGGUUGUGCAUCGCCCUGCGCAUCCUCACCAUCUACCUCCCUGUCAGCCUCUUCUUCAAGCCCAUACAGACCCUCUGGAAGCACACCGCCGUGCGCUUUGUCACGUUUGUCCCGUCCCAGCUGCGCACGCCGCUGUCGGCGGUACUCGUCAUCGGCGUGUACCUCAUCGGCGCCUUCGCCUCCCCCGAGUCGCUCAACAACACGCGCGACAACCGCGCCGUGUCGCUGUUUGGCAUGCUGGUGUUUGUGGGCGUGCUCUGGGCGACGAGCAAGCACCGGGCGCAUGUCAAGUGGCACACCGUCCUCGUGGGCAUGCUGAUGCAGUUCAUCAUUGCGCUGUUUGUCCUCCGCACCGGUGUAGGCUAUGACAUCUUCCACUUCAUAUCGGGGCUGGCCGAGAGCCUGUUGAGCUUUGCGAAGGAUGGGGUGGCCUUCUUGACGAGUACAGAGAUCUCGCAAUUGGGUAUGUUCUUUAUCAGUGUUUUGCCGGCGAUUAUCUUUUUCGUGGCCUUGGUGCAGCUGCUGUACUACUGGGGCAUCCUGCAAUGGUUCAUUGGGAAAUUUGCCGUCUUCUUCUUCUGGUCCAUGCAAGUCUCGGGCGCCGAAGCCGUCGUCGCCGCCGCCUCCCCCUUCAUCGGCCAGGGCGAGUCGGCCAUGCUCAUCCGCCCCUUUGUCCCACACCUGACCCUCGCCGAGAUCCACCAAGUGAUGACCUCCGGCUUCGCCACCAUCGCCGGCUCCGUCCUCGUCGCCUACAUCGGCAUGGGCAUCAACCCGCAGGCGCUCAUCUCCUCCUGUGUCAUGUCCAUUCCGGCCUCCCUCGCCGUCUCCAAGCUGCGCUACCCCGAGACCGAAGAAUCACUCACCGCCGGCCGCGUCGUCGUCCCGCAGGACGCCUCCGAGGAGAAGCCCGCGAACGCACUCCACGCUUUCGCCAAUGGCGCGUGGCUGGGGUUGAAGAUCGCGGGAAUGAUUAUGAGCACGCUGCUGUGCAUUCUUGCGCUGCUCGGGCUGUGUAACGGCCUGCUGACAUGGUGGGGCCGUUACCUAAACAUCAAUGACCCCCCGCUCACCGUGGAGCUAAUCGUGGGAUACAUCUGCUACCCCAUCGCCUUCCUGCUGGGUGUGUCGCGCGAUGGCGACCUGUACAAGGUCGCGCAACUCAUUGGGACCAAGCUCAUUGCCAACGAGUUUGUGGCGUACACGCGGCUGCAGCAGGAGCCCGAGUUUGAGACCUUGAGUGACCGCUCGAGACUCAUUGCGACGUAUGCGCUGUGCGGGUUUGCGAAUAUCGGUAGUUUGGGAACGCAGAUUGGCGUGCUGAGUCAGGUGGCGCCGUCGAGGGCGGGCGACGUGAGUAGGUUGGCGUUGAGUGCGCUGGUCGCGGGGGCGAUUAGUACGUUGACGAGUGCGAGUGUGGCCGGGCUGGUGGUGACGGAUCAGAGGCAGUUUACGACGCCAACUAUAUAA